GACAUUGAGAAUUUCAUACACAUCAUUGCAAAUCGAUGCCUGCCUCAUGCUGUAACAUCAUGGGAUGAUGUACCACAACAUGCCUUAAAAAUCGUGGGUACUAAGGCUGCUUGCCAAGAAAUAAUUAGCAGUACAUCGCACAAAAACAAUCUGACCCAACUGUACAAUGCAAAACAUUCCUUGCUACUGAUGAGGUUGAGACUACUCAAGGGGUAUGGGGCCAGGCCAAUGCCAAUGUUCAAUUCCAGCUUGACAAAGCCUGUCUGGAGCCUAAGAGGUUGGUACUAUUUAAGGGACAGGUACUUCGACUGACAUACAACAAUACUGUUGCAACAAAUGAAGUACCUCGUUUCUCUCAAGGUCAACUCUGUAUUAUCAUAGACUUGCCAAGUGAAACUGAACUAUUGCGUUUGAUGCUUGUCCCACCGGGAGUAAGGCAAAUUCAAGAACACAUGCAAAAUAACCAUCCCUGGUCGUUAUUCUCCCUUUCACCAACUCAGGCACCCUUAGUCAUUGUUGGGAAGGGUCAUACUAAAGCACGCCGCAUCCAAUUUCGUGUAACCUACUAUAUUUGUAGCACGGUUCACAAGGCACUUGGGGAGACAUGUCCACAAAUUGCUACUCAGAUUUCAAGUCAACAACGCAAGUACAGACUUUGGGAAAGAGACCAGUUAUUGGUCCUCAUCAGUCGAGUGAAAAAAUUGGAGAACAUAAUAUUUGUGACGCAUGAUCGCAAUGACACUAUCAUGGGCAUAAGGAAACUGCUCCAAAGUACUCCACAAUGGUUACACCACAUCAAAAACAUUCUCUCGGCACUGGACAAUACAACACCAUCAGCCACAAUUCAACAUACUCAUGACCCCUAUCCCCCUACAAUUCGAAUGCAACAGUUACCUGACAGCAGCAUUGGCUUUGUUUACAUGUUGGUGAGCAACAACCAUCGCAACUUUGCCUAUGUUGGUGAAACAGCUUGUAUCCAACGCAGACUCCAACAACACAACACUGGUCAUGGUUCCAAUUUUACGAACAACCCACAACUUCGCCCUUGGGUGUGCUUUGUGCUAGUGUACCGAUUCCCUGAAAAUGGUGACCAUCAGGCAAACAUCACUGCCAGGAAGAGCUUUGAAUAUCAGUGGCACACACUCAAUGCUCAAGAUCACCUUCCAAACACUCGCACCAUCUACACGAAUGGCCUAAUUGUCUUCGAUCGCAUACGUCAACACUACCCUAAUCUAAUUUGGGAGGACUUUGGACACUUCCACCCAUGAACACCUCCAGCAAAUAUAAGUACAGACAUUAUCCCAACAUUUCCUUCCAACAUCAAAAUUAGUAGGUGAGAGGAUGCAUUCCCCGUAUGGGUAAUGCUUCCUCUCACCACCAGAAUCCUUCAACAACACUCAUCCUCCAAGCACAGGACCAUAACACAAAAAUAUCACCAUGCUAGCACAAUACCUUGAAUCAGGGGACCUUGAUGCAGCCAUGGCAAUAUUUAAUCAUCCCACGGUGACUAAUGUGACAUUAUCAGAAAUCUUGACCACCACAUCAGAGAAUACAACAUUGACAGCCCAAGUUCUCUCAGUGAAGAAACCCAAGCCCAAGAAGUUCCAAAAAGAUGGCAACAAAUUUUCCAAACUAGAAAAACAGUAUGACCGGCUUGUUCUCCUCAGAGAACUCACCGAAGGUGACCUCUUCUAUCUCCUCACCGAAACACCUAUGGACACAAGACAACUCUUCAAAAUCCAGAACUAUACUUGGAUUGGAGCAACUGUUGGGUUAUUUGAGGCUGAAUACAACACCAUGCUGAACCAUAUUCCCAUCCUAAAGCUUGACCAACCACUUCUGCCUAUAAUACCUACAGUUAUCUACCACAUCACAAGACCAUUUGUCGCAGAGUACUCAGAUAAACUCAUCCCAAGACCUCUUUACAUCAACCAAGCCACACUCACUGUCACCAAAAGCUAAUGUUAUCAUCGGUUGUGGAGCAGACUUUUGUGACAGCCAACAUAACAUCAACACUCACUGUCCAGCUACCGUCACCCAGGACAUAGCAAAGCGAGUGAUACAAUGCCGCAUUACAUCUAAAGAAGCUAAUAUAACAAACACUCCAUUCACCUCUGCAUCCUUUUCCAAACUCUUCCUCUCAGAACAUGCA